GGUGCUUUCUAAACUUGGCGCUUUACAUACCAGUAGCUAUUUAUUAAGGGAUCUAACAUGGUCCACCCAUCCACAUGCAUCAAUUCAUUCCACGCUAAAGGAGGGGCGCUACCGCAAAAUUGAUUCAACAACGACCCCACCAAAUUCAUAACCCCCUCCCCGUUUCUUCCUUUCCUACAUAAACAACCAAUUCUCCCCUUCAAAAAUCAUCUCAAGAAUCAUCAAAAAUCUUACAAGUAAGUAUCCUCAUACCUAUAUCAUUCCUCGACUUCUCCGUCCUGCCUUGUGAUGAUCUAUAGCUUCAACGGGUACAUCCGAAGCUAUCUUUAGCUAUCUUUUGACCCUCCCGCGCUAUUCUUGUCAACAAACCAACGAAAAAAGCCUUUUCUUACAUUUUCUAACAUCAUCUAGAAUGGCUCCUACUAAAGUUGGUAUCAACGGUUUCGGACGUAUCGGACGUAUCGUCUUCAGAAAUGCUAUCGAGCAUGAUGACAUUGAUAUCGUCGCUGUCAACGAUCCUUUCAUUGAGACUGAAUAUGCCGUAAGUCGCCGCUACCGGACCUCCCAAUGACACCAAGGACCCGAGCUAAUUUUCAUCCUUCACAGGCAUACAUGUUGAAGUAUGACUCUACUCACGGUCAAUUCAAGGGUGACAUCAAAGUCCUCCCCGACGGAUUGGAGGUUAAUGGCAAGAAAGUCAAGUUCUACACUGAGAGAGACCCUGCCAACAUCCCAUGGGCUGAGUCUGAGGCAUACUACGUUGUCGAGUCCACCGGUGUUUUCACCACCACCGAGAAGGCUAAGGCACAUUUGAAGGGUGGUGCCAAGAAGGUUGUCAUCUCUGCUCCUUCCGCCGAUGCCCCAAUGUACGUUAUGGGUGUCAACAACGAGACCUACAAUGGUGAAGCAGAUGUUAUCUCCAACGCUUCUUGCACAACCAACUGCUUGGCUCCUCUUGCCAAGGUCAUCAACGAUGAGUUCACCAUCAUUGAAGGUUUGAUGACCACCAUCCACUCCUACACUGCCACCCAGAAGACCGUUGAUGGUCCAUCCGCAAAGGAUUGGCGCGGAGGACGUACCGCUGCUCAAAACAUCAUUCCAUCGAGCACUGGUGCCGCUAAGGCCGUCGGAAAAGUCAUUCCAGAGCUUAACGGCAAGCUCACCGGAAUGUCUAUGCGUGUUCCAACUGCCAACGUCUCAGUUGUUGACUUGACUGUCCGCAUUGAGAAGGCUGCUUCUUAUGAUGAGAUCAAGGAGGCCAUCAAGAAGGCUGCCAAUGGUCCUCUUAAGGGUAAGCAACCUAUCAAAUAUUCAUUACUCGUCAAUUUACUAACAACAAUGGAUAGGCAUAUUGGCUUACACCGAGGACGAUGUUGUCUCCACCGACUUGAACGGUGACAACCACUCCUCCAUCUUCGAUGCCAAGGCCGGUAUCUCCCUCAACAAGAACUUCGUCAAGUUGGUUUCCUGGUACGACAACGAGUGGGGUUACUCUCGUCGUGUCCUUGAUCUCCUCCACUACAUCUCCAAGGUUGAUAACAAGCAGUAGGGUAUUUCUGCUCAGUAUUUAGGAAGUAAUCAAGACUCUGACCACUAUUUGGCAGAGAAUUCUUGAAAGGCAGGCUCUGAUAUUCAACUGAGAUGCGAAUAUUUCAUUAAAAGUGAAUAUUUAUUACCGAGUAACGAUGAAUGCCUUAUGAUAGCUUAGGAAUGGAAACAAAAUCAAGAACAUCAUGUCGUUCCC